GUCCCGCAGCCCGCUGCCCCAUCCCUCGCGCCGUUGGACCGUUAUCUCUGCCACUCACACGUUGCGUGUCCGCGCGUGAGUCCGAAACGUCGCCCAGGGAUGCGACGUGCGACCAGAGGAGACGCAGCUCACCGGAGGACAUCACUGGCGUGGGAAAUGUUUCUGGCUCCGAAGUGGUGGAUUUGUGUCGCCUGUCUGUCGGGUGUCCUCCUCCCCCGCUGCUCCGGGGUCAACGUGUUCGUGAGGGAUGAGAAGAAGUAUUCGGUGCUGUUCCAGUCGGUGGUCCUGCCGUGUCAGUACAACAGCGUGUCCACCCAGACGCCCGUGGUGCAGUGGGUCUACAAGUCGUACUGCCGGGACCGCACUCGGGAUUCGUUCAACUUCCCUGACAGCUUGAGCGGAGGCCAGGUGGGCGGCGGCCCCACAGGUGGAGCAAGAGGAGCAGUUGGAGGGUACGAGACGGGGAUGGCGGCGAACUACCUGGACUGCGCCGACAGCAGCCGGACGGUCCGAACCGUGGCCUCCAUGUCGGGUCCCUCAAUCACACUGUCAGAGUACUACAAAAGCAGAGACAUCUCCAUCACCAACAAGGCAGACCUGCGCAUAGGAGAGGUCCAGUGGGGGGACAGUGGCGUCUACAUCUGCAAAGUGGUUAUAUCUGAUGAUUUGGAGGGACAGAGCGAAGCGUCCGUGGAGCUGCUGGUUCUUGGUUUCUCAGGUGUGCCUGAAGAUCUGCUGCCAGGCUUUGACUUGAAGAUUAUGCCAGAGUGGGUGUUUGUGUCGGCCGUGGCGCUGGGCAGCGUCUUAUUCCUGCUGUUGGUCGGGGUUUGCUGGUGUCAGUGCUGUCCUCACUCCUGCUGCUGCUACGUCAGCUGCUGGUGCUGCCCCGACACAUGCUGCUGCCCAAGACACCUUUACGAGGCAGGUAAAGGUAUAAAGACGGGCACCUCCACACCUGCCUACCCUCCAUACUUUGUCACUGGUGUCCCGACGAUGGUCCCCAUUGCUCCGCCUUCUCUGGUGGACAAGAUGUCUGCCGCCCCCCCUUCAGAUGUCAGCCUUCUCACAGCAGUGCCGAUGCAUGCUGUAGGGGUUCCCUACCGCGUGCCUUCGUCUCAGGAUCAGGACUCUCUCAGGGUGCUACAGUACGUAGAGAAACAACUGGCUCACUUCAACCCGGCCAGGUCCAUCAGCCACCAGACAUGCAGCCUGUCCGAGCUGAGCUCCCUCCACGAGGGCGAACCCGGCUUCCGCCAAACAUACCGCAACGUCCAGAAGAAAGCUCUGCCCCCCAUCCCCGAUCACGACCCUCAGCCCGAGCCCCAGCCCCAGCACUACCGUGACAACCGCAGCCCGGAGCCUCAGCGUUACCGGGACGAUCCCCCUUCCCCCCAGCGGUAUCAGGAUGACCGGGACUCAGAGCCCCGCCGCUGCCGGGACCAGGAUCUCCCCCUGCGGCGGCACAGCGACGACCCUCCGCUCAGCCCGCGGCCGCGCAGGCCCGGCCGAAACCAACGGCAACAGAAUCACAGCGAGGAGGAGAACCACAACAGGUGGAACCCUCGUUCAGAACAUCUGCACAGGAAGACGUACCGCACUGCCGGGCGGACCAUCUCGCUGGAUGAGCUGGAGGAGUUUGCCGCUUCCUACAAGCAGAGGGGAAGCAGAGAGGACGGGACAAGGGAAGAGGGGAGGGGAGACUAUGAGAUGGAGCUUCGGGAGUUCCGCCGAUAUCCCUCCCACCGCAAAGGCCCCCCACAGUACUAUCACACUGACGAGAACGAGCUGGGAGAGGACAGCGACCACGGCGAUCGCCCCAGGCGGAACAAGAAAGGCGGACACAACGUAAGCCCACUUCAGUCGCCCAAAAAGAGGAGGGGCACCUGGGACAGCGAGCGCCCCGCUCCCCCCCCACCCACAGUCAGUCCACCGUCGACUUCUUCUCAAGAGAAGGACUACGACGGCGCGUUCCUCAACAGCCUGCUGGAGCGCAAGGCCAGGUUGCGAGGGGUCAGCCAGGAUUCAGACACGCCCUCGAAUGACAGCUCAAAGAAGAGCAGCGUGGAAUCGAGCCGGGCGUGCAGCCGCUCGCCCAGCAACCGGCCCGAGGCCGAUUCCCUGCCCCCCUACUCGGACACGGAGCGAGGCAGAAGUGACAGGCCGCUCCCGGCGAACACUCGCUCCUCUCAGCCUCCCGUCCAUCUCCCGCUCGCUCGCAGAGAGGAGCCCAGAGACAAGACCCGCAAAGUGGUCAGGUUCAGACGCUACUACAGUGAAAACUAGAGCACCCUUCUCAGCCGGGACUCCCUCGUGGUCUGAAGCACAGACCGAGCACUUACACCCCACAGGAGCUGCAUGUCAGCUGAUGACAGAUGAUUUAAAAAAGAUACUUGUAUUGCAAAUUGAAUCGACCGUGCAGGAAGGCUGGAUGAGCACGGGGAAUGGAGAAAUGGACAAAAGAGACACUUUCACCAUCGACACUGACACGGUGGUUUCUGCCUGUGACGUCGCUGAAUUAUGAAGUCAUCACGGUUUGGUUUCUGUCACCGGCAGCCUCACAUACAUCUCAGCUGGACUAACAGUGAGCCAGCACGAGCUAUGACCUGGACUGCCCCCCACCCCCCCCCGGCAGGACACUGUUCAUCUCCUCACGUCGCUUUACGCUACUAGCACAAUGAGUGCAUUCUUUUCCACUUGGUGAGAUAUCUGCUUUGAAUAAGCACAGUUGCAGUAACGGAGGUAUAUGACAACAGCAUGAUUGUAGAGGACACACUGUGGCUUCAGCUGGAUAACAAUACAAACCAUGUGACAUUCUGUAACACUUUCAGGGACUAAAUCAUCUGAUUUAAACCGCUUUUGAUGUUAAUUCAAAGCUGGCAGUAGUAACCAACAUGCCAAAUGUUAAUUUCUUUAUCUGUAAUGAGAACUAAAAAAAUAAUAACCCACCACGGAAAAGUACUUUCAAAGCUGCAUUGAGCAAAGGGAGUCUAUCCCCGACUUAGUGACUUAGUGAUGAAGUUGCACCAUCAGCUGGAGGAGUGGAGUUUCAGGCUGAAUAGAACCCAGAGUGCACUAGCUGCCCUGCUCGAGACAUGAAGGAAGCUGGUGAACAAAGCGGAGCAUUUAGCACCUGGAGACGCAGACCCUGCUGUUGGGAGACCAAAGCGGAGCUAAAUGGAGAGUGAAUAUGGGACUUAAAUUCACCUCAAACCCAACUCCGAAUCAACGAGAAUGUUCCUGUGUAACGGCUGACUUUACGAAGCAACUGUUUGUUAAAAUGUUCGCCAUAACAACUUAAUUUGCAGAUUUUUUUGAUAUAUCUUUAAGUUCGUGUUGACAGCCUUUUCUAGUGCCCCCCUGUGGCUAAAACACCCAGUGAAGAAAAAGAGGCCUUCGGGGGGACUCUAUUGGCAGAAAUGGAAAAGGAUUUUUCAGUAAAAAAUAUAUUUUCUUUAGUGUAUUAAUCACCACAUUUUUAGAUAAAAAGUGGACCUCUUUCUGUGUGGUGUGAUAUGAUUGAUUUGUAAAUGAUUAUGUUGGUUAAGGCCUUCCAGGGUCACUGUGUACAGAAGAUGAAGUGCCUCUAGCUUGAUAACUGUAAUCCAGCCUCUUCUUAUCGCUGCUGAGUCAACACCUAAACCAACAGCUUCUUACCUUAUCCACAGUCACACGCAGCACUCAAAUGCAGAAUACACAUCGGCCUUCUGAUUUCUUAUGUCCUUUUUAAGGCAUUACACCAAACAGUAUUUCAUUAUUCCUGCCGUCCUGUUGUGCUUUUUUGAGGAAAAUCUACUGUCUCUUGAAGUGUUCUUCUACCCUGUUUUUUUGCUGUCUGGUACUGACAACCGUAUGUGUGUGUGUGUGUGUGUGAGACAGAGACAGAGGGCGAUGACUCUUUACUUUUCUGCAAAGGAGACAAUGUGUAAUUGAGUAUGACUCAUGUCUUUGUUCAUUGUUGUGAUCACAGAUUGCUUGUCUUUUGCGUGGUCGUUUUGUCAUCAACUAAUAAUGUCACAAUACUUUUUUCCACCAUAACAUAUUUAGUUAUUGCCGGGACAGAAACAUAAAGACCAAAGGUGUUUUUUCUCUUGUUUAUUCUUAAUUACAAAUUUGUUAAUGUCCGUCAAAGAAAACAAAGAAAUACUACAUUGCAAAUCAACAACAUGGCAGAGGACAUGUUUGUAAUUCAAAACCAAGCAUUAAUAGUACGUCUGUUCUUCGACUUUAGAAACAACUAAUUACUUCUCUUUCACCAGCUAAAGGUCAGAGUUCUUUAACCCUCAUCGGGAUGAACAGAAGACACCAAAACACCUCAAGAGGAAUUCAUUAGAUUACAUUUUAUAGCAAAGCACUCCUUCUUUUGGUUUGUGUGUGUUGUCCUUCUUGUGUGUGUUUGUGAUGGGAGGGAUCGGUUAAGACCGUGACCGCUCUGCUCGAGGGUAUGUCAGGAAUGUUGGUGUGUAACUUCUUCCUGGGCAGAGACAACAGCAGCGAAACAUGACAUCACCUGGCGCCCCCGAGUAAAAGCUGGGCUAUUUCCAUGUUCCAUGUGCCAGGUACCUGAUUGCAUUUUGUCAACAUUUUAAUAAAAAUGGUGUGACAGUUGGCGGGGGGGUUGGCUCAAGCUUAAUCAAAGCAGCUUAUGCUGCUGCUCAUAUAUUUUGUUCCAUUAAUCAAAAUCUAGUAACUACAACUGAUAGAAUAAUGAUGAGUAAAAGAUGAAAAAUACUAAAGAAAAGUUCAUGUAUACCUUUGAAGAUGUUUUUUUAAGGAUGUGAAUCUGCAUUGUUGCUUUCCAUCUUUCAUACUUGCUGUAUAUUUAAAAUCUUUAUAAAUAAACCUGUGCAACAUA